GAACAUUGAAAUAUCUUUUACAAACCACAGCAAAAACUCAACAAUGGUGGCAGCGACUCCACAGUGAAAGACCCAAAAAAAAACAAGAAUGUUUAUCUCUCAUCUUCCAAAGCUCCAUUCCCACUUCUCCAUUUUCUACUCAACACCCAAGAUUAUCAUCACCUCAGCACUUCUAUCCAAAUCCAAAACAACCCCAGUUUCCCAUUUUUCAUCUGUCACAGCAGCCGCCAACACACUUCUUCAAACACCAGAGUUGUUACAAACCAAGAAUUUGGAAAUUGAAGAUGUUUUAGAGAAGCCCCAUGUAGAAAUUUCAGUUGAAAAGCUGUUUUUUCCACCUGAUACUGAUGUUUCUUCUGGUUCAAGGCCUUUGAGUAGUAGGAUUUUGAAAGGGUCAAAUAUUGUGCUUAGUAAGUAUGCUGGGAAUGCUCAAGUGGAGCAAGCUGAGUUUGUGAAGAGUAGUGUGGAUACUGAGGCCUGUCCUUCUGAUGGAUUGCCUGAGUUUGCUCUUGUUGGGAGGUCUAAUGUGGGCAAAUCUUCUUUGCUCAACUCGCUUGUGAGGCGUAAAAAGCUUGCUCUUACUUCCAAGAAACCAGGAAAGACACAAUGCAUCAACCAUUUCCGGAUAAACGAUAGCUGGCAUCUUGUGGAUUUACCAGGUUACGGGUAUGCAGCUGCACCACAUGAAGUACGAACAGAUUGGGCUAAGUUCACCAAAGAUUAUUUCAUAAACCGGCCAACCCUUGUCUCAGUCUUCCUCCUCAUAGAUGCUAGCAUUCCUGCAAAAAAGAUUGAUCUUGACUAUGCAAGUUGGCUGGCAGAGAAUAAGAUCCCAAUGACAAUAGUUUUCACCAAGUGUGAUAAGCGGAAAAAGAAGAAGACUGGAGGUAAAAAGCCUGAAGAGAACUUGCAGGAUUUUCUGGAGUUGAUACAGAAGUUCUUCCAAACUGCACCACCUUGGAUUAUGACCAGUAGCGUCACCAACCAAGGCCGAGAUGAGAUACUAUUGCACAUGUCCCAGCUGCGAAACUAUUGGCUCAAGCAUUGAGUUUGCGUCAUAUGCUUUAUUGGUGCUGUGGCUAAAUUUUGUCCAACAUCUUAAAUUAACCUGUUUUGACGAGUGUUUAUGGAAGAAUCCUACGCGAUGGUUAAGCACAAGGAUGUGCAGGGUGCAAAGUGGCAUCAUCAAGAAUCGGGUGCCUUGGAAGCCUGAGUUAUUGGAACAAAAGAGCUUUGUGGUGACUGCCUUAAGCAAUUCUUGUUAUUGUUAUACUUUCUUAGAACUAGUUAUCCUUCUCCACAUUUACCUACUCAGAGAGUCUGUCACUAGAUUGAAUAGUCCGCGGAGUAUGUAUAUACACAGCUCUCUUUAUCAUCUAUGUAAUGUAUGUUUUGCUGAAUAAAUGGAUUGAUCGAAAUGCAUUGUCAACA